AUGGCUGAGCAAAUCAAAUUUGCCACCUGGAACGCGUGCUCUCUCAGAGCCAAGCAGCUGCCACUUGCCGAGUUCCUGCGCGUCAACAACAUCGACGUGGUGAUGAUAUCGGAGACAAACCUAAAACCGGAGGUGAGUUUCUCCCUCCCGAAUCACAACAUAAUCCGGCUUGACCGGACAGGAACUGUCAAAGGUGGAGGAGUUGCGAUUGCGGUGCGGCGCAACAUCAGCCACAUGCCUGUACAGCACCUCCAAACUGCUGUAAUAGAAGCCAUUGCCACGGAUGUCAACACGUCGUCUGGAGUCGUCCGGUUUGUUGCUGUUUACUGCCCCCGACAGUGUCGUCCAGUCGAUGGUGCGCAACAGGCCUUCCGGAAGGACAUCUCGAAGAUAUGUAGGACUCGUGCUCGACUGAUCGUGGGAGGAGAUCUGAAUGCACGCCAUCGGUCCUGGGGCAACAGCAUUCAGAACUGCAACGGGCAGGUGCUGUUCAACCAUGCGCAGACGGGAGGCUUCAUCAUCGAGUUCCCGGACGCACCUACUUUCAUCAGCUCCAGAGGCACCAGCAGCACACUGGACAUCUUCCUGGUGAACGCGGAAAUCGAGAAGCCCGAGACGCUUGACGAGCUCAACUCGGACCACUUCCCGGUGGUAUCAUCAGUGUCCUGCAGCUCCUCUAGGUCUCCGGGACCAAGACGCAAAGACUACACCAGCGUCAACUGGGAGCGGUUCGGCAGCCUCGUCGAUAGCAACAUCUGCGGCGUGACCAUCAGCCCUGAAGCCACCAGCCAGCACAUUGACGAAGCUGUUUGUGCAGUUGAAGCAGCUAUCCUGGACGCAGAGACGACCUGUGUCAAAGAAAAGCCAGUGGCAAGCAGCAGCAGCAGCAGCAGUGAUAGUGGCUCGAACCGGGGCCGAACUAGGUCCAGCGCGAGUAACAGCGAUACAGGACGCGGCAGCAUUACGAGCAGCAGUAGCGGCGAUAGUACACCUGCAACCGGGUGCACCAGCAGUGACAGUGAGAAGGCCGGCGAUACCAGCGGCAGCAGUGUGUGCAGUGAAAACGAUAAGGAUAACGAAAGUGACGCGGAACAAAGAAGGACCUGCCAGUCGGGUGGUGUCGGGGCAAAGGAGGACACCACCACUGGCAGGAGCUGCAACGCGGAUAAGGACAUCGAUAAGGACAACGGGGGCAACAACGGUGGGAAACCAGCGACGUCGAUGUCGACGGGAAAAAUUAUCGAGGGCAAUUUGGGGCCGCUCACGGCGACGGUGAAAUUCAUCAACCCGUACAAAAACAACUGGAUCAACGCGGACCGAUUGAACGAGCUGCGCAAAAAGGUUCAGGACGCGACGAAGCACCACCGCGUGUUCCUGCUGCGUGGGUCCUUUCACACCGUCCGCCGGGCGUUGGUCGAACGUGGGUGGGUAGAAAAGCUGGACGGGUUUCGAGUGAAAGCGCAAGCAUCCACCUCAUCGUCGGGGUUCAUCCUGGAGGACCUGGUGUCCCAGCUGCCGGAACGCAAGCCAGGCGAAUCGCGCAAAAACCACAUCGCAAAGUGCGAACGCAGCAUCAUGUCGCGCUUUCUCGAGCACACCCCGAUCGAUUUCCUCUGGACGGCACGCCGCGAGAAGGCGGACUGGCUCGACCUGACGAAGAACGCCUCGCUGAUCAUUAACCGGUUCGCGAAAGCACCGUUCACUACGAAGGAAGGCCUCUGCUCGGCGCUGCACGAUUUCCAUUGGUUCUACGAGGAGGGCAUGUCCGAGACCUACUUUCCGCGGUGCUACAACGUCUGGAAUCCGGAGGAGUUGAACGAGUUCGUCGACAACUUCCGGCUGACGGCGUCGAUGGGGCUGCUCAAGUGGCUGAUCGAGCGGCAUACGGCCGGUGCGGGUCUCGAUGCCAUCAUCGCAGACGAUGGUAACGUGCCGAGCACGUGCAUUACCUUUGCACUGACGCGCUGCAAGGAGUACCUCGACUACUGUCUGCACAACGACAUCGACAUCGAGGAGGACACGAAGGUGUGGGACCACGAUUGGGACGUGUUCCUUACGCAUCACUAUCUGCUGACGCACGAGGACAACCGGAUACAGCUGCUGAAGGAGGAGCGCGAUUCCGACGCGAUCGAUAACUACCUCGCUGAGGCGAAGUCGGUGCUCGAGCAGAUCAAGGGCUACUGGCCGCAGUACGCGCUGGAUGGGUAUCUCAACAUCUGGAUCGUUAAGCCCGGCAAUAAGUGUCGUGGCCGGGGUAUUCAUCUGAUGAACAACAUUAAGCAAAUCAUCGCCAUGGUAAAUCCACCGAUUGUCAGCAAAACGAGAUACGUCAUCCAGAAGUACAUCGAGCGACCACUCAUCAUCCACAACACAAAGUUCGACAUCCGGCAGUGGUUCAUGAUCACGAGCGUGCAACCGCUCAACAUUUGGUUCUACAAGGAAAGCUACCUGCGCUUCAGCUCCCAGCAGUACAAUCUCAUGAACUAUCACGAAUCGGUGCACCUGACGAACCACGCCAUCCAGAAGAAGUACCACAAUGCGGUGCGGGACGAGCGACUGCCACACGAGAACAUGUGGGACUGCCACACGUUUCAAGCCUACCUCCGGCAGAUCGACAAGUACGAGAUGUGGUCCGAGCGCAUCUACCCCGGCAUGCAGAAGGCAAUCAUCGGCUCGCUGCUGGCGUGCCAGGACAACAUGGACCGGCGGCCGAACACGUUCGAGCUGUACGGGGCCGAUUUUAUGAUCACGGAGGACUUCUACCCUUGGCUGAUUGAGAUCAACUCCAGUCCGGAUCUGGCGCCCAGUACGAGUGUUACGGCGAGGUUAUGUCCACAGUGUGUGGAGGACACGAUCAGAGUGGUGAUCGAUCGACGAACCGAUUCGAACGCACCCACCGGCUCAUUCGAGCUGAUCUACAAACAGGUGAUACCAAAAACGCCCGCCUACAUGGGAUUAAACCUGCAGCUGCGUGGACACCGGAUAACACCCAAGAGCUCGAUCAAGAAAGACCGCAUGAGGAUGCUCCCGAUUAAACCCGUCCAAAACGUACUGCAGGUGUCCCGUUUAGCGACCUCAGCUGCAGCUGCCGCAGUAGUAAAGCAAUCGGCCUCUCCCGUGAUCAUGGACCUGAUCGAGUGUAUGCAGUUCCGCGAUGGCAAACCGGAGGAUGACCUUCCACGUCAGCAGUCCCUAGUGCGAGGCCCGUGUGGUGUCACGUCCGCCACGCUGUACAAGCGGUCAAACUUUUCACACAAAAGCACCAACCUGCGGUACGAUUUCGAGAAGAAAAAGUCAUACAUCAUCUCGAAAACGGGCGAACUGUUCCGGCGCAAUGGCGUCGUGAGUGGGUCAAAGUUCCUCACCGAAGGGGACACGUACAUCGACAGUGUGGAAGCGUGGGAACGGGCCACGACUAGCUUCUUCCAGCAUAAUUUCUCCACCACGCUCAGUUCACUCGCGGCGUCGAACGGCACCAUCGGGGGCCGGGAACGAAGCGGGCCGGAAUUAUCGGAUGAAGGACAAUCUCGCCCGGUACCUAGCGCUUCAGCAUCAGGCACCAGGUGUUCCAUCAAGAUAACGGACUGUGAUGACGCCGGUAGCAGCAGCAGUCCGUGCAAUUCGGACACGGAAAAACCACGCACCGCAAGCGUGGAAAAUCUCGCCCCAAGUGGCGCAAGUCACCUUCCACCUUCGAGUGGGUUUCCCGCGUCCGUACGCUACGCCAACCGUGCGCAGGGUCGCAUGACGACCUCGAACAACUUCUACACGCUUGGGUUCAGCUUGCGAGCGCGUCCUCCAAAGACAACCCGCUCAGCAGCACUUGCGGGAGGCACCAAACUGCACCACGCACAAUCAGCCGAAGAUCUGCCAGGAUCGAGCGCGUGUUCACCGUUACACCAGCGUGCCAGCGGGAUACCAGCGACCGGAAGUAGACCGGAUCCUGCCGAUGGCAACUCGGGCGCUUUCUAG